AUGGACAACAUGCGCUCUUACAAUCUCUCAGUCUUCCCAUACUCGCGAGACCCAGCGAAAUCAGGUGGAAAUCCAACCACCAUCUUCCUCAACGCCGAAGGUCUCGAUGACUUGCAGAUGCAGGCACUGGCUAAGGAGAGUGGACAUGAAUGCGGAUUUGUCUUGUCAGGAGAUGCUGGGUGGCAGGAUGGUUGUCAGUUCACCAUGAGAUACUGGGUUCCGAAUCACGAGAUGGAGAUGUGUGGGCAUGCUACCGUCGGUGCAAUUUGGUUGAUGGAUCAACUUGGAAAGUUGCCUUCAACCGACGGACUUUUGCUCUCGACCAGAUCUGGGAAGGUUGAAGCGCGAGUACUCAAGGAUGAAAGUACGUCGACAUCGCGGGUCCUCGUCUCCCAACCGGCCGGUUCAUGUGAAAACCUGAGUGGUGAUAUUGUCCAGGAGAUUGUGUCCUGUCUCGGUAUUGCAACAGGUGAUCUGGCACCGCUAUCAAAGGUGCAGAAUGCCUGCACGUCUCGGACAAAAACGUUGAUCCCUUUGAAGAGUCAAGCCAUCCUUAACAAUCUCAAGCCGGACUUUGACCUGCUUCGUGACAUAUGCGAAAAGAUAAAUUCCACCGGGUUUUAUCCUUAUGCCUUCAUUGAUAACAAAGAUCAAAUUGUCGAUGCACGUCAGUUUCCAAAAUCAGUUGGGUAUGUGGAAGAUCCAGCCACUGGUAUUGCUGCAGCUGCCCUCGCAUUCGGUCUUUUGAGCGACAAGUCUGUGUCGUCCGAUGUCAAGCGACCUAUUCUCGUUCGACAAGGAUGGAGCAUGGGGAAACCGUCGCAGAUCGAGGUGCAAUUUAGAGGGACUAAUGAAGAUAUUGAGGGUUGUUGGAUCUCUGGGAAUGUGAAAUGGGCUGAGGAGUAG